ACGAUGUCUUUGUGAAGUAGGUGAGUGCUGACAGAGGAGGGAGGCAAAGACAAAAGAACUGAAAGGUGGUGGAGGAGUCUCUGUUGGUGGGGACUAGAAGCAGACAGAAGGAUGGUGCCUCUGUAUCAGGCAGGCAUGAAGUCAGUUGCUGUAACUUUCUGUGUCCUCUGCUUUCAUUUUGAAGCCCUGUACAGAGUUGAGAGCUGCUCAUCAAAACCAUGCAAAAAUAUAGAUCAGCUCUACAACCUUGACCCCCAGGUGAUGGUAGAAUUUGAAAAUGGAAACUUCAACUUCACAUUUCCCAACCCCCAAAAUGUGAGCGAGUUCAGCAUGACCCUCUUCAAAGGGAAAGAAAAGAAGGAAAUCUGUACACUCCAUUUGAAUGAAGAGAAUGUUUUCCCCAAGAGUAAUGUCACCUACUGUGAGACAAAGAAUUCAAAUACCAGCACCACUUUCAUUCUUAAAAAUCUGGAAAGAAAGCACAUGGACAUUUAUAUCUACUGUCUGGAGGUAUUCUUCCCCCCUCCUUAUAUAGAUUGCCGCCUGAAAGAAAUCUGUUUGUACAUCCCAGAUAAGGAAGACUGCUUUUCACUGGGACAGGAGUCAUGGAUAAUUAUUGGCCUGAUCACGGUUUCCCUGAUUUCCUGUGUCUGCUGUGUUGUAGUCUGUUGCUUAAGGAACAAGAUUCAAAAGUGUGACUCCAACUCCCAUGAGUACAACAGUGAAUACAUGCCCAUGGCAGCAGUGAAUGCAGCUAAAAAACCAAGAAUCUGAGGUAUAAGUUGCUUGUGGCGUCGAAAUUUUGGAAGCACAGUUUUCCAUCUACUUGAACCUGGACAAUGGGAAACCAGCAUUUCCUCACCUUUCCCAGCCUCCCUGAGCUCUCAUGAUGAUCCUGUGCUCAGUCAUGAGACACCCACCCCAGUACUGUUCUGAGCUGUGUUUUGCUCUAGCCUUGUUUGUUAACUGGCACCCUGCCCAACCCACUGACUCGGACAUGAAGUGCCAACAACGUGUCAGCUUGUUAAAGAUGUCAGCUUGUAGUUGAAGAAAAUGUAGAAAAUUAGUUUGCUUGAGAGUAGAUUGCUGUAGUGCUGUCACAGAAAGAACUUUUAUUUUCUAGUCUCCUUUAUGACAAACUUUCCACUGGUGACAAAAAAAAAAAAAGACUACCUCCAGUGCCAGUCCUUGUGGCACAGCCAUACUGUCGAUGUAUUGCACACGCCCUUCUGUUUGGGCUACUUUAGCAUGGGAACAAAACCCGAGAGUGUACAGCAGAGAGUACAGCAGAGGCUUCUCUGAGACACAGUACCUCAAGUAUGUAAUCUGCAUUUUUUGUAUCUGUGUUGUCAAUACAUCUUCGCCAUUCACACCUCGAGGCUCCCCUUAUUUAAUUAAAUUCUGAAUGCUUUUACUAACAGAGGAAUAUAUUACAAGAUGAAUGUAUUUCAAGACUGCAAUUUCACUUUAGAUCAGUUCAAAUCUUCAGGAUCAGACCCUGAACUAGGAGGCACGAUCUCUCCUAUUCACAUGUCUUGCAGCACAAAUACGACACAGUCCAUAAGGCCCGUAUGGCCUCGUGUCCAUAUGGACUCUGCACUGCAAUUAACUUCCUCUUUUGGUUUGACAUGAAACCUUUACCACUUCCCCAGUGGGUUUAGGGGUUACUUGACCUGCCUGAAAUUGCUGAGAGCCUUCAGUAUGAAUGAAACGAUCAAUCCUUCAUACUCCUUGUGAAAUCCAUCAAAACUCUGACCAUAAAUGACCAGCUGGGAAUCCAAACUGCAUGUCUUGCCAGACGCCAUUUGGCUGCCAGAGUGGUACAUUGAUUCUGAGCCUCUCUGUAAUACAUUAAAAAAACAGGCAUUGGUCAGGGGACACUGCUGAGAAAGAUACACCACCUGCUUGUCUGGCAAAGAGAAGGCUGUUUUCAUGGGGCAGAUGGGGAUGAGGAGGAAAUAAGCAGGUAUAUCAAGAGCAGGGGUUCCCUCAACAAACACCUGCAUACACAGAAGUUUUGCAGAGAGAAGGUGCAAACUGCUAACUGUGACAUUAAGCAAAGGGAAACUAGUUAGGCACCGAAUGAGGUGGGGACUGCCAAUCACACAGCCCCUACCCUGCUCAGGUAACCAGCUCCUUGGCAGGGAUGAUGAGGGCACCCUGCCGUGUUGGGUAACAUUACGUUCUGUCCCAUCCUCCUGACACAUAACCUCUGCAAAUUACUUGACCUCCUCAGCAAACAAAGCUCUUCUCUACCUCCACAAAUACACCCAUCUCACCGUUUUAAAGAAGUAUUGGUGAAAUUACUGCCUUUGAAAAUUAUUGGUGAAAACAGCUAACCUCUACUACCUAUGAGAAAUACUAGAUGCAAGAUCCUAUGUAACAGAGGAGAAUCUUACCCCCUGGAACCUUGCACCAGACUGAGAUGGAAAUUCAUGAAGAGUUUCUGAAAGAAGGAGAAACUCGAGGUUUGACUUGAGAUGUUACCGGAUAAAGGACAAAUGAUGAAAGUGUGAAUAAGGCAGUUUAAAAUACAUACAUCCUGCACUGGA